GUAAGAAAGUCCUGCCCAGCUGUUUGCGAAGUUUAAGAUUUCCUGUUUCCCCUGCAGCGCCGAAGUGAAGUUUUCAGUGAGUCACCCUCGGUCCCGAGCAGCGGAGCCGCGCAGCCCCGCUCCCCGCCUGCCCUGCCACCGCCGCCGCGGCCUCCUCGCCGCCCCCGCGCCCCGCCCGCGGCUCGCCGGCCGUGCCGAUCCGGCUCCACGAUGACUCCCCGGCUGCCGAGGAGCCUGCGGCGGCUGCUGCUGCGCCUUUCCCUCUGGGUCCUCAUGGGCAGUUCGGUCCCCGCUGUGCUCCGGGCGGAAUUUAUGUCACCUGUAGACAGAAAUAAGGAAAGUGGAUUGAAAAUGCCAAACCUAUGCAAAUUUUGUGACAUUAAAGUAACAACCUGCUCAAAUCAACAUCAGUGCAAGAGCAACUGCAACAUCACUUCUAUCUGUGAGAAAACUAGUGAAGUCUGUGUUGCUAUAUGGAGACAGAAUGAUGAAAAUGUGACCCUAGAAACAAUUUGCCAUGAUCCCCAAAAAACACUUUAUGGCCACGUUUUGGAUGACUACAACUCAAAGAAGUGUUUGAUGAGGGAAAAGAAGGAAGAUGGGGGAUUGAUGUUCAUGUGUUCCUGUACAAGUGAAGAAUGCAACGAUAUGCUCAUUUUUACAUCAGACGACCCUCAAAAGCCACAGGAGAAAGACGAAAUUUCCAAAGUCACAAUCAUAAGUCUUGUCCCAUUACUGGUGAUUUCUGUUGCUGUCAUUGUUAUCUUUUAUGCCUACCGCACUCAUAAGAAGAGGAAACUCAACAAGGCAUGGGAAAAAAAUGUUAAGCCCAGGAAACAUAAGGACUGCAGUGAUGUUUGUGCCAUUAUGUUAGAUGAUGACCGCUCAGACAUCAGUUCUACCUGUGCCAACAACAUCAACCACAACACAGAGUUGCUGCCCAUUGAGUUGGACAUUGUUGUUGGGAAAGGAAGGUUUGCUGAAGUGUAUAAAGCCAAAUUGAAGCAAAACACAUCAGAACAGUAUGAAACCGUGGCAGUCAAGAUUUUCCCCUAUGAAGAAUAUGCCUCCUGGAAAACUGAGAAAGACAUUUUUUCAGAUGUAAACCUCAAGCAUGAGAACAUCCUCCAGUUCUUGACAGCAGAGGAGCGUAAGACAGAUCUUGGUAAACAGUAUUGGUUGAUCACUGCCUUCCAUGCUAAAGGAAACUUGCAGGAAUAUCUCACACGGCACAUUAUCAGCUGGGAGGACCUCUGGAAACUGGGUGGGUCCUUGGCCCGAGGGAUUGCCCAUCUGCAUAGUGAUCACACACCCUGUGGUCGUCCCAAAACCCCUAUUGUACACAGAGACCUAAAAAGUUCCAACAUCCUGGUGAAAAAUGAUUUAACCUGCUGUCUCUGUGACUUUGGGUUAUCCCUGAGGCUGGACCCUUCUCUGUCUGUGGAUGACCUGGCUAACAGCGGGCAGGUUGGCACAGCAAGGUAUAUGGCCCCUGAGGUUUUGGAGUCCAGGAUGAACCUGGAGAACAUGGAGUCCUUCAAACAAACAGAUGUGUACUCCAUGGCUUUGGUCCUCUGGGAAAUGACAUCUCGCUGUAAUGCUGUCGGAGAAGUGAAAGAAUACGAGCCCCCAUUCGGCUCCAAAGUGCGAGAACACCCUUGUGUAGAAAGCAUGAAGGACAACGUCCUAAGAGACAGAGGACGACCUGAGAUCCCCAGCUCCUGGCUGAACCAUCAGGGCAUCCAGAUGGUGUGUGAAACUCUUAUUGAGUGCUGGGACCACGACCCCGAGGCCCGGCUGACAGCCCAGUGCGUUGCAGAGCGCUUCAGCGAGCUCAAGCACCACGACAGGCUCUCGGGAAGGAGCUGUUCGGAGGAGAAGAUCCCUGAAGAUGGCUCUGUGACCACUGCAAAGUAGUAUGUCCCUGAGAGCUCAAAAAUGGAGGGAAGUCACUCCUAGACGUGUUCGCCUUGGCAAAGGAAGAAGUCUUGAUCAGUGCCUUGACUUGCUUCCUGGAGGACUGAGGCUGUCACUACUCCCUUUAGGCUGCAACUCUGGACAGGGAGAUGUAUUCUGUGAAUUAAAAGCUGGGGAGUAGCUGUCUUACCCUAGCAUUGGCAGCCGGCAUCAUGUCAUAGGAGGAGCUAUGUAUAUUAGCACUUCCUCAGGAAAUGAGAUUUGAAAAUAGCCAAUAACAUUAUGCACUUUAUUAAUGCCUGUAUAUAACUACAAAAUUGCUAUUUUUAUAUAUAUAUACAUAUAUAUAAAAAUGUGUGUGUAUGUAUAUAUAUAUAUCUAUCUAUAUAUCUAUAAACAUUCAUGCUCUGAAAGAAAAAAGUGCUUCCAGGAAAUGACCAGUGCAUUAGAAAUCCCUCCCCUUAGGGAAGGAGCCUGGGGGGACUGGUAUAGCACCACACCAGCAAUUGUGCACUAAGCGCUCUGCCAAAAAGAUAGGAAUAACAUGCAAUAAAAAGAUGACUUUCAAAGCAUGUGCUGUGAUCACCUGGCUGGGGCCCUGCAGUUCACAGUUGCAGGAGCAGUCUCGCAGCAGACAGUCCAAUUUGACUUUGCAAUUGUACCUACAUGAUCCUGUCUGCAGCACAUUGUGGAAAGUUCUGGGAUGCCUUUUUCCUCUCACCUUAACCCCAACGUCCUCACAGUGUCCCAGAACAGGAGUGUGAGGAGGUUUGGUCCUUCCCACAUGUGUGUUUUGAUACAGAGGUCGUUACUGUUGUAUUUUUUUUUUGUUUUGCUUUGAAUUCAUGCUGUUUGCAAGCAGGUUGCAAAAUAUGAGCAGGAUGAGCUUUCCCCUCCUCCCAUCCCCAUGCCCAAACCAUACAGAACACAAGAGCCAGCAACAAUCCAAGCAGAUGUUUUAUAUUUGCUGUGCAUUCUGAGUGUGGGCAGUACUAUUUUUUUCCCCUCCUUUUACCUUGAUUGUGUUGCUGUAAGAUCAAACUUCUUUUUUCCCUGUACAGCAUGUCUAAUUGCUUGAUACACCACAGUCUGACUGUGUUCCAUACUUUCAAAAGUAAGAGACAACAGCUGGUGCCUUUACUUUUGCAAAAAGACCUUGGAGGUGAGGGAAAGCUCUGUAGCAAUAGGUUAAUGGCAUAUCCUGCCCACAGCAUUUAUAGGGCUGUCUCAGCAAGU